AUGACCCAACUCCUGCCCCUGCCCGGAAAGGAGCACACCCCAAUCCCUGCAGCCUUGUCUGAGAGGGCUGAGCAAAAGGCCUGGAUGGACGCCAUUGUGGAGGAGCUGAGGGAUCAAAGGAGGCAGGAGUUCCAUAACAAAGAACUUCCAUAUGAGGUGCGACAAGCACAACAAAGGGACACCAAGCACUUAGAAAACAUGUACAUCAGGAACAUCCCAGACCUGGAGAGCCACCCCUGGUCAGGCGAAGGGAGGGUUGGAAAAAGAGCCACUGUUACAAGAGAUGGGUGUCACACUCCCGAAUAUGCAGCAAGUCAAGGAGCAACAGAGUCCACUACAGAUGUGCCUCAGCCUACUCCUGCUGUUGUGGAGGUUUGGCCAGCCCAACUGGCAACAGCAGUCCCUACUCCAGUGGUGCAAGCUGCUUCCUCACAAAUGGUGGUGACCAUCAGCCCCACCAUCUCCGAUUCUAAUUUGUCCAAGCCUGUUAGAAACCUAUUGUUAGACCAGAACCCUGUAGACUCAUCAGACGAUAGUAGAGAUAUCUCCAGGGGGUUCUUCUACCUGGUCCCUUGUCUUCAUCUUGUAGAUAAAUAUCGGCAGAUAUACAUACAGGAGAACAACAGGACGGAGGUCACGGAGUUCCUUCUCUUAGGUUUCCAAAUCAGAAAAGAUAAAAGGAUUUUCCUGUACUGUCUUCUCCUGGUGAUUUAUUGUCUGACAAUAUGUGGGAAUCUCCUGAUCAUUACCCUGGUGUCCACCAGCAAGAACCUCCACACCCCAAUGUACUUCUUCAUCUCACAACUGUCCAUCAGCGACAUCUUGGUGAGCACAGAUAUUGUCCCCAACCUUCUUCACAUCUUACUGAAUAAUGGGGGGACCAUGACUUUUAUUGGUUGUAUGACUCAGCUUUAUUUCUUCAGCACUUCAGAAGGAUUUGAAUGUUUUCUCCUCGCUGUGAUGUCUUAUGACAGAUAUGUGGCCAUCUGUAAUCCUCUCCGUUACUCCUCUAUCAUGACAAGUGGACAUUGUGUUAUACUGACCGUCAUCUCUUGGGUGUUUGCAUUUUCUGGUACUUUGAUUUACAGCAUAACAAUAGCAAAGCUAAGAUUCUGUGGUCCCAAUGUCAUUGACAAUUUAUUCUGUGACCUUGUUCCCCUACUAGAACUUUCCUGUUCUGACACUUUUAUUGUCCAUUUGGAGCUUUAUAUCAUAAGUAUUCCAGAUGUCUUCAUCCCAACCACCAUCAUUGUAAUAUCUUAUACUUAUAUUGUUUCAGCAAUCCUAAGGAUCUCAUCCAAUACUGGCAGACAGAAAGCCUUCUCCACCUGUAGCUCCCACCUCAUUGUGGUCUCCAUAUUUUAUGGGACUUUAUUUAGUGUUUAUAUUGUCCCAAUGAAAGGACAAACACUGACCAUGAGUAAAAUCCUCUCCCUUCUAUAUACUGUGUUUACUCCUUUGGUCAACCCCCUUAUAUACAGUCUGAGGAAUAAAGACAUUAAGAAAGCCGUACAGGAAACACUUACAAUUGUUCUCUAUUCUGUUCACUUGCUCGCCACAUUGCCUUGUCGAGAACUGAACUUGGAUAACCUCUUUUUCGAAGUCUUUCUUUAA